UUUCCGGCGGUCGUCGGUUUCUUCCGCCAGGGGGAUCCGGAGCGUAAACGAGUGCGUCGAAGAAGACAGAAGUCGAAUGUGGCCGUCGGUAGUUCAAUCGUCGUCGGAAAGUCGUUUGGCUUUUUGGCCCUUCACAGAUUAUAACUGUUACAUUUAUGAUUCGAUAUGCUAAAGAGGAAAGUGAAAAAUACGCUGCAAAAUGACUGUCGUCAAUCUUCGAGAACGGAUGUAAUUGCACCUUCUAGAGAAGUAUUGAAACAUUCCAUAACAGUUAAUCCUCAGGCUAAUUACUCCUGCUCGGGGAACAAACCUAUACUUUCACCAUUAAAUUUACCAAAGUCUUCCCAAACCCAUUUAUUGAGACAUUCAAAUCGCACAUCAAAUUUAGAAGCAAUAACAAAAAAUAAAUCGGAUUAUCUAGCGAUUUCAAGCAGUUGCUUAAAGUCUACAUCGCUCGUAAAACAACAUCUACCGACCUUGUCUGACAGUAUCACAAAUAAAGUCAGAACAAAUAUCUUUAAAAAUAGUAAUUAUAAUCAGUUAGGCAAUUCCAAUACAAAAGCACAGUUAAAAGGUGAAAAGUCAUCUCAGUAUUCUGUAAAAUCUAAAUUAACAAAUCUAACAGAACAUAAAAAUAUAAAAAAAGAAUCAUCUGCAGUUGUUCACAAUGGUAUGUUUUUAAAAAACUGCAAAGCCAAUAAGAAAGAGAAUAUGGCUACAUCCGAAUUUAAUUCUCCAUCAAAAUCUAUAAAAUCUGAUGUUGGCAAAACUAGUGCAAAUCAAGAAUUAGAUUCAUCAGUUGUCAAGAAAGAAAUAUGUAAAAAACCAAUAUCUCAGAAUAUAGAAAAAGAGGAAUGUCUGAAAUCAAAAGUAACAAAAAAUAAUAAUUUUGUAGAAUUUGGUAGUAAUAAAAUUAAUGCAAAAACCUUUGAAGAAUGUAAUAAGAAUAUGAUAUCUGAAAAUAUCCAAAUUGGUUCAUGCAUUAAUAACAAAUUAAGUGAUAAUAGUAAUCUUCAAACUUUAAAAGGUGAAGUUCCUACUGACAUUAAAAAAGUACAUGAUAAUCCAAGGAAAGAAUCUGCUUCACCUUCUGUCUCUUUAAAUGAAGGUGGUGUUUUUCCACAUAAAGAUUUUUCACUUGAAAAGACUUUGGAGGAUAUGAGUAAAAGUGAAGUAAGUGAAUUAACUUUAGAAGAAGAUGAAGCAGUAAAAGCAAGAGAUACUUCUCCAGAUGGAAGAUUUUUGAAAUUUGAAGAAGAGAUUGGUCGAGGAUCAUUUAAAACUGUUUAUAAAGGACUGGAUACUUCUACGGGAGUAGCUGUUGCUUGGUGUGAACUUCAGGAAAGAUUGAACAAAAGUGAACGCCAAAGAUUUCGUGAAGAAGCAGAAAUGUUAAAAGGCUUACAGCAUCCGAACAUUGUCCGAUUUUUUGACUACUGGGAAGUAAAUACAACAAAACGAAAAUAUUUAGUUUUAAUUACCGAAUUAAUGACAAGUGGAACAUUAAAGACUUAUUUACGUCGUUUUAAAAAAAUUAAUUUGAAAGUGCUGAAGUCCUGGUGUCGUCAAAUUUUGAAAGGUUUAAAUUUUCUUCAUUCUCGAUCUCCACCCAUAAUUCACAGAGAUUUGAAAUGUGAUAACAUAUUUAUUACUGGUACUACUGGAUCUGUUAAAAUUGGAGAUCUUGGAUUAGCAACAUUGAAGAAUCGAUCUUUUGCUAAAAGUGUUAUUGGUACUCCAGAAUUUAUGGCUCCCGAAAUGUAUGAAGAACACUACGAUGAGUCAGUUGAUGUAUAUGCAUUUGGAAUGUGUAUGUUGGAACUAGCAACUUCAGAAUAUCCUUAUUCGGAAUGCAGUGGUCCAGCUCAGAUUUAUAAAAAAGUUACCAGUGGUGUUCCUCCUCAAAGUUUUGACAGAAUUGAAACAACAGAACUCAAAGAAAUAAUUGGAAUGUGCAUUCGUGUAAAGAAAGAAGAAAGACCUUCAGUCAAAGAUCUACUUCAGCUUGACUUUUUUCAAGAAGACAUAGGAAUAAAAGUUGAGUUUGUAAAUAGAGAAGAAAGUAUUGUGAAUACAAAUAAAAAAGUAGAGUUACGUUUAAGAGUUUUGGACCCUAAAAAACGUAAAGAUAAACAUAAAGAAAAUGAAGCUAUUCAAUUUGAAUUUGGAAUUGAAUGUGAUAAUCCAGAUGAAGUUGCUCAAGCAAUGGCUUUAUCUGGUAUCAUCAUGGAGGAAGAUGUAAGAAUAGUUGCAUUAUUAAUUCGAAAUCAGAUAGCUUCAUUAGUAAGAGAAAGACAACAACAUUUUCAUAAUCAGCAAUUACAGAUUCAACAAAUUCAGCAUAUACAACAUAAUCAAGAACAAUUAAGCUCUCAGCAAGAAUCUGUUUCUGUACAGCAGCAAAUUUCUAAUGUUCCAUCACUUUCACAAAAUGUGCAUUCUUUUUCACAAACUGUUCAUACAGUACAGUCAUUACCCCCAAUUAUUCAGUCAGUUCCACCUAUAUCUCAGUCUAUACAAGCUGUACAGAACAUGCAUAUUUCCCAGCCAAUACAAAAUGUUUCAUCCCAAAUAUUGCCUACUAUGCAGAAUUCUUCUCACUCUGUUAUUCAACAAGGACAAAAUAUGACAUCUGUUUCAACACAAAUUACACAACCCUUGCAGUCUCUCAAUCAUCAGAAUAAUGAAAUAGCAUCACUUUCACAGAAGGUUUCAUCUGUUUCGCAGCAAAUUCCAAAUUUUCAAACUGGUGCACAAGUUAUAGUUUCACAGCAAACAAAUCAGCAAACUUCAAAAUCAAAUCAGUUUGUGAAUCCCAUUAUACAACAAUCACAGCAGAUGCCACAACCAGUUAAUACUUCUUCACAAAUAGUUCAAGAUUUAAAUUCUCAGAUGCAAACAUCGCAACCUUUAGUUAAAGCUUCUGUUUCUCAAUCAGUUUCUCCAUGUCAAAUUUUACAUAGUAAAUCAAAUACACAAAUAUCUUCACAAGCUAAUUCUAAUCAGUUAUCUCAAAUACCAUCUUCUGAAACAAAUCCACAGUCAGUCUCUCAAUCUUCAACUUUGCCACAGUCUGUUCAAUCUAUGCAUUCUCAUAUUCAACCAGUUCAAAUUUCAACAAGCUGUGGAUCAGUACCUCAAAUAUUCCAAUCAUCUCAAUCUGUACAACAAAUGUCAUCUAUUCCAUCUAUCCAGCAAACAUUUCAAUUACAGAAUCAACCUUUAACACAUCAGUUACAGCAAUCUCAACAUGUUUUUCAACAAAACCAGAAUAUUUCUCAACAUCUGAAACAGACUCAGAAUGUUAUUCAGCACAGUUCUUCUCAACAAAUUCCUCAGUCUCUUCCACAACAAUUACAUCAGGAUCAAUCAUUUCCUCAACAUCAACAACAAGAUCAGUCCAUUUCACAACACUUACGUUCAGGAUCAUCUGCUUCCCAACAGUCUUCACAGGAACAGUCUGCACUUCAUUUUUCAAGUCAGUCGGUCUCUCAGAAAUUGCAAGAUCAAUCUACAAGUCACCAUGUACAGCAAAGUUCAAAUCUCGCACAAGGACAAGCCUUAUCUCAACAAUUGCAACAUGAGCAAUCUUUUCUACAGCAAAACUCACAAGAACAACCUAUAACAUGUAUACAGCAGUCGGAACAGCCUGUUUCUCAACACCAAUUACCUCAAGAUCAUGCUUCUUCUCAUCAUUUACAGCAAGGUCAAUCUCUUCCACAUGAUUUGAAUCAAGAUCAGUCAACAAUUUGCCAACAGUUCACACAAGGUCAGUCUGCACCUAAUCAAAUAUUUGGACAAUCUAUUAUGCAAAAACAAAGUCAAACUACCCAACAGUUGCAGGAUGGACAAUGUAUGUCACAGCAAUUUCAUCAUGACCAAGCUGCUAUUCAACAUCAGUUACCACAAGGACAGUCUUUACCUCUUCAAGUGCAUCAAGGACAUGUUUCACAGCAGUUAUCUGAUAAUCAGUCUCUCUCUCAGCAUUUACUCCAAGGACAGUCAUCUCAGGUAUUUGGACAGUCGGUUUCACAACAGUUACAAGGACAAUCUGGUUCACAACAACAAUCACAGGGACAACCUCCUUCUCAACAGCAACUGUCACAAGGACAGCUUCUCUCUCAACAGCAUUUACUUCAAGGACAAGUGAUUUCUCAGCAACAACUAUCCCAAGAGCAAAUUCUCUCUCAUCAACAACUGUUGCAAGGACAAUCUCUUUCUCAACAGAAACUGCUGCAAGGACAAUCUCCUUUCUCUCAACAGCAAUUGCCACAAGGGCAGCAAACUUUCUCCCAACAGCAACUGUUGCAAGGGCAACAAAAUCUCUCUCAGCAGCAGUUUCAAGGGCAACAAAAUUUCUCUCAACAGCAGUUGCAAGGGCAACAGAAUCUCUCUCAGCAGCAGUUUCAAGGGCAACAGAAUCUCUCUCAACAGCAAUUGCAAGGGCAACAGAAUCCCUCUCAACAGCAGUUGCAAGGGCAACAGAAUCCCUCUCAACAGCACUUGCAAGGGCAACAGAAUCCCUCUCAACAGCAGUUGCAAGGGCAACAGAAUCCCUCUCAACAGCAGUUGCAAGGGCAACAGAAUCUCUCUCAACAGCAGUUGCAAGGACAACAGAAUCUCUCUCAACAGCAGUUGCAAGGGCAACCUCUUUCUCAAUUGGUACAAGGACAGACAUCACGUCAUUCACAGCAGGAUAUAUUUUUUUCACAACAAUUGCAGCAAGGCCAAUUUAUUCCACUGCAAUUGCAAAACCAAACAGUAUUACAACAUAAUCAAUCUAUCCCAUUUCAGUCACAUCAGAUCCAAUCAACACCACAGCAUUUACAUCAGUCUGUUUCACAACCUCAGUCUACAUCUCAAACACAACAUUCUAAUCUUCAACAAACUAAGCAUUCAGACUCAGUUUUGCAACAGUUUCAAGAUCAAUCUGUUUUACAACAAUUGCAGCAAGACCAAUCUGCUAUGCAUCAAUUGCAGAAUACACAACCUACUUCACAAGUAUCUUGUUAUUCUAUUCCACAUACACAAUAUUCUCAGAAUCCACAACAAAUGCAUCAAAUUUCUCAACAGUUUCAACAAAAUCAGCCAGUUGUGUCCCAGUUCUAUAAUUCUCAGCUUCCAGUAUCACAUUCAGUUCAACAGCAGAGUUUUGCACAAAGCCUUCAGACACAGUUACAGUCCUCACAUUCUGCUAUUCAACAAGGACAGACUUCUCAUUCUCUUCAAAUGGCAUCUUCAAUGUAUCAACAGGAUCAGGCAUCUGUUUCUCAGCAAAUUCCUUCUCAUUCACUAUCACAAUUGCAAACAUCUCAUUUUCUUUCUCCUUCAGUUCAAACAACACAUUCCAUUUCACAGCACUUGCAGGCAUCGCAAAAUAUGACACCGUUACAAAAUCAAUCAAUUUCAAAUCAAAGUCAUGUUGUUCAGCCUGCUCCAGAUGAAGCAGUUAUGUCAAAUCCAAUAUCUCAGCACAUUCCAGUUAUGCAAGUUGUAUCUCAACAAGCAUUGACACAACAGAUUCAGAGUACACAAUUUAUUCAUCAUGUCCCUCAAGAACAAUCUCAACAGAUUCCAGCAGAAUUGAGCAAAUUGAAUGAAAAAUUGACUUCUCAAGCUUUAAUCCAUAGUGAAGAUCCGUACAAUCAAAUAGAAUUAUUAUCUCCGAGUAAUUUAUCGAAUGUAAUGUCAAUAGAAAAUACAAACUUUGAAAAUCAAGAAAAGAAAUUAUCAGUACAGGACAAUGAGGUUUAUCUUCAACAAUAUGCAUCUCAAACAGAAGAAAUAAGCUGUGCAUUACUGGGUAUUGAUUCAGCAAGUGAACAGAGUGAUAUAUCAGAAAGUACGAGAGAACACUGUAAAAUGGAACGUAAACGAAUUGGAAAACGGAAGAAAAUUCAGGAUCGAUUUCCAAAAUUAACUGUUCUUAGUGUAGAAAAGGGGACUACUGUUGAAUGUCAAUUAGAAUCUACCAAAGAAAAAACAGUCACUUUCAAAUUUGAUACAAGUGACAUGGUUCCUGCAGAAAUCUGCAAUAAUUUAGUAAGUAAUAAUGUAUUUAUAUUUCCUGUUAUGCAUGAAUUAGAACAAUACUUCGACAAACAUAAAUAAACCAUCAAUACAGCUUUUUUGCUGAGAUAUAUUU